AUGGGGAAGGAGGUCGGCGCGGUCAUGGAAGCCAUCGACGCCUGCAACGAGGAGGCCUACCAUAAGCUUAUCAAGCAUGUGGCCACGCACUCGGAGGAGAGGAACACCAUGGUGAAACUCGAGGAGCUGGGCGUCCGCCCCCACUGCGAGGACCAGCCCCUCGCCCAGGACAAGUCCACGGGCAACUGCCGCGCUUGCCGUCCACCAGAGGUUUGCCCCGUGCUGGCACGCGAGGCGGCCGCCGCGCGGCGUGGCGCGGCAGGGCGUCAGAACGGGCAGCCGCUCGAAGCCGGCGUCGGGCGCGGCGGGCAGGGCUUCGGGGCCGCGCAGUCCAACCGCAUUUUGCUGGAGCGUCGCGCGGUCGGGCCACCGCAGCUGCGCGAAUGGGUGCCGCAGGUCUCGAGCCCGCCCGGCCAGCUCGGAGGCGUUCGGGCUCCGCGCAGUGACGAGUGCACCGAGGGCCCGGCGUGGCCCCCUGUGACGGCGCGGGUGUCCCGUCGCUUGGGCGCCGGGGCCGAGCUCGCCCAGGAUGGCGCGCGGGCCGCGGGCGGCGGGUCAGCCGCGGAGCGCCCCCCGUGCGAGAUGGCUGCGCAGGCGCGCCCGAUCGGGGGGUGGGUCUUUUGGCCCCCCGCAGGCUCGGGAACCGUCCCCCCGCCGCGUUCGGCCCUCCGCGGGGGGCGCACCUCCCCCGCUCCGCAGCCGGGGGACGGGCUGCCCUGGUCCAAGCAAAUCCCCGCGGAGGAGUUCGUGGAAUGGCUGAAGUGGGCCUCUCCCACCCCCACGGAGGAGGAGCAGGAGGGGGCGGGCGAGACCCCCUGGUGGGAGAACCACUGGUUUGCCGGCCGCCGCCGGGAAGUGGUGCUGGAGGUCCGGAGCGUCCCUAGCCCCAACUUCUUCUUCCGCCUCAUCAUGUGGUCCUACGGAUGGCUGGAUGCCGGCCUGACCGUCUUCGUGGGGGAAAGGUGGGUGAGCUUUAAGGUGGGCGUGUACGUGCUGGGCUCCUUCUACCUGGGCGCCAUGCGCUCCCCCACCUUCCGCGAUUUCUGCACCCGGGUGGAGGACAACCGCCGGUUCCUCCUCGAUCUCGACUGGAGGGGGCCCGAUGCCCAACCCGUGGACGACGACUUCUUCAAGGACAUCAUCCGAGGGAGGAGCGACCGGCCCCCGAGGCUGCCCAACCACCUCGUGGCCGAAGUCGGGGGCCAGCGGGUGCGCCUGGAUCGAGGGCAGUACGGUGACCCCAUCCGGAAGGAGAAGCGGGCGGGCCAGGACUUCCCGUACGCCCGGGUGCAUGACUGCACGGACCCUGACCUCCGACGCCGCCUGGAGGGUGCGGACGCCAAGGUGGUCCACCUCUGCAGGGCGGGACCCGUGGGCGGCUGUCCCAGCGUGGGCGCCUUCGCCAUGCACUUCCGGAAGUAUACCGCGGUCGACGCCAAGGCCAUCCUCGACCUCACCGAGGACAGGGACCUGGGAAGCCCCUUCCUGGCCAGCUUCCGCACCCUCUGGAGGGCAUUCUGGGGUGGGAUCCAGCGCAUCGCCCAUUCCUUCUUGGCCCGGGGGUGUUGCUGCUGCCGGAGGGGGGCCCGCCUGCGCCGGCCGGGGCCGCGCCAGGUCGCCGCGAACCCCUGGGGACCUCAGCAGGAGGAAGACGACUGGGAACCCUGCAUGGCCGAAGCAGUGGGCUGGAUGGACGCGAAGGGAGGGUACUGUUGCCUCCAGAAGCAUGGCAUUUGCGAGGAUCGGAGGGGACCCAAGCCCACCCCUUUGCUCAUCGAGGACGGGCCCACGUCUGACACCCGGGGGUGGCCGCGCAACGGGGGAGGGGCACCGAUGGCUUGCCAGUGCCGCUACCACGGCCUGGAGUACCACAACCUCCGCCUGAGCCUCCAGUGCUCGGAGCCAGGCUGCUGGCACAUUGGGGGGCCCGGGUUCGGUGGGAAGCGCCUCUGCCUCAGGUGCAGACGGGAUACCGACUGGUUCAGGGAAGCGUUUGACCCCGACACGUGGGACACGAUGCGCGAGUCUGCCAAAAACCUGCCAGCCGAGGGUGAUGAUGACGGAGAUCAGACACAAGCUGUCGCCGAGAGCAUCACCCCCGAGACAUUCGAGGAGAACGAGGAGGACGAGGAGGACGAGGAGAACGAGGGCGAGGACGAGGAGGCCGAAGAGGAGGGGGACUUCGAGGCGGACUUGCCCAUCGACCCCGAUGGUGGCGAGACGCAGGCUUUCAAACGGCCUGCUGCAACGUGGCAGACAGGCUUUGACCGCGUCAGCAACCAGGGCUACCGCUCCAGGGACGGCCGAUCCUACGACUGGGGGGACAUGGUGGUUCCAGACGGUGACAAAGCGACCGCUAAAAUGCUGUGCGCGUGGGGCGACGGCUACCAGGCGGAGAUGCCAGUCACGGUGGCCAGGUGGGAAGCAGCGCAACCUCUCCAGCCUAAGGCGAAGGCGAAGGCGAAGGCGAAAGCGACCAUCGAUCAUGGAGAGAACACCUUCUUGAAAAUGAGGAACCAGAAGAUUCCUGCGCCAGGAGGUGAACAUCUGGCCUAUUUCGACGACGGCACCAUCAGGGUGAUCUACCGCACUGACACUCCGAAAGGAAAACCAACGCACAAGCUGCUGUGCAUCAAAGACAAAGAAGGACAAAUCAUGCAAGUGAACGUCAAGUGGUUCUCGGGCAGCACCGAGCGGGAACAAUGCGAAGCAGCAGUCAAGUUUCAAAAUGCGGUGGCGCUGAAGUUGUCCAAGGGAGAGAUCACGCGGGAGCAGGCAGCAACGACGGAGAGGGACAAGGUGUCACCGGCCGCAGGUGAGGCCCACUCGGUGCCGCUCGUCGUCGGCGCCGCCGCCUCGGAGCCCGUGGAGCCCGCGCAGCCGCCCACCCCCGAGACCCUGCCCGACGGCGUGCCGCCCGACAGCCAUCAGGGCGAUCGGCAGUCCGAUCAGGCAGCUGCAGCUCCAGAGCCGUCGAGGGUAGAGGCCGAGCUAGCUCGAGCUCCUCGGAACUGGAAGUUAAGGCCAGUCGAGGAGUCGGAGCUGCCCGCGGCAGCCGCCGCGGUCCUGCAGGAGAAGAAGUCCUCGAUGACCACGCCUGAGCCCGACGCCGUGCAGUCCGUCAUCAAUCUUGACAUGCAGCUGGUGGCUUUGUUCCAGGCCCUGCAGGGUGCCCACAGCACGCCCCGCGCGCCUGAGGAGGCGCCCGACGACGUCGACGAGGGCGUCACCGCGUGCGGCCUCCAGCACAAGAGGGGGCACUUCCUCGAGGAGGUCGCGGCGGACGACGUGAAAUUCGGUAUGAAGUCUCAGGUUGGUAAGCGUUUCUACUUGUGGCUGCAAGCGAACUUGGCCGAAAAGGAACUAUACGACAAAAAGAAUCGUGGUGGGCAGAUGGAGUGCCGCCAGGAUUGGGCUUCCAAGCGGUGCGCGGUGUGCCAGCAGCAGAGGGGCCAUGUCACCACGACCAGGCAGCAGAAGGGCCGCACCAACGAGAUGCUGAACUUGGACCAGAUCAUCAAGCGUGAAGCUGGCCCCCAAUGCGUCGAAUACGACGAGCGCUCCAAGCGGAUCAAGUUCGACUACGAGAGCCGCAAAUCGACCAACCUCGAGAGGUCGGACUGGUGCAACCGUGAAGACGAACACGAGCAUGUCGCCGAGCCAGCCGCUGCAGCAGCAACAAUCAUGACACCGCAGAAGCACGUUGCAGCGCCAGCGGGCUGUGCCGUUGGAUCCAGUGGAGCUGCCGCGCACAAGCCAGAGGAGAAGCCAGAGGAGAAGAAGCCACCGACCCCCGAGCCGAAGGCAACGCAGCCGUCGACCCCGAUCGGCGGUGCCAAGGUCAACGGGAAGGGCAACGGACGAGGCAAAGGAAAAGGCAGCCGGGGCAAAGGGAUUAAGGCCGUCACCGCCAAGACUAGGAGCGGCAACCUCAAGGCUGCCAAGGACGUGAUCUCCAAGUACUCGCUCUCGUGCAUGCAGGCAGACAACCUCCUGGCGAAGAUCGCCAAGGACGCGGAGGGCUGGGGCAAGUUCGAGCAGUUCAAUGGCGACCUCGAGAAUGCGGUGCUGGCGCUGAAGCAGGCAGCCGAGAGGGGCGACUUCUUCCAGGCCGCUCUCGAGAAGGGGCUCGACGAGCUCAAGAAUCGCGACGAUGAUAUUCGGGCAGUCGUGGGCAUGCCGAGAGUGGCUUCAGGUGGCCACCAGCCGGCAUCGCUUCAGGCACGGCUUCGACAGGCCUAUGGCGUUGGCGGGGGCCAGGGCGGUGCUCUGAAGGACGUGUCGCGCUCGCCGGCCAGCUUGGCGGCCUCCCCGGCGCUGACCGCGGCGGCGCGCUGGGGCAGCAGCAGCAGCACCACCAUCUUGGAGGUUGCGCGCUCGCCGGCGAGCGUGGCGGCCUCCCCAGCCCUGGUUGCGGCGGCGCCGAUGGCAGCUGGGGUGUGGGGCGAGAGCUCGCUGGGCAGCGUCGCGCUGGGUGACUCGCUGUGCUCGUCGCUGGGCGCAUCGCUGAGCACGGCGGUGGAGGGAAGGGCAAAGGGGCUGCUGGCGACCCUCCUUGGUCGCAGGGCCGUGGCGCCGCGGGCGCAGCGCCCUGGCGGUCCCGACGCCCCCCCCCCCCGCCGUGCCGAGCGAGAGCUCAAAUGGCGGUGUGCAUGGUGCAACUGCGCGCGCAACCUGGACCGCGUGGUGCACUGCAAGCGCUGCGGCGAUUGGCGCGCCGAGGCGCCCAGCCAGGGUGCUGAUGCGGCGCUCGGGGGCGGCUCGGCGCGAAGGCGUCCUUCGGCCCUUUCUCGGUCGUUGGCUCUGCCUGAUCGCCCUGCUGCUGGCGCCGCCGAUGACCCCAGCCUGUCAGAGGACGAGCUCGAGCACCUCGCGCGCCUCGCAGAGAAGGCUGGGGAUGCACACGUCGCAGGUCGCUACGAGCAGCAGCUCCAGAAUAAGAAGGCUGGAGGCCCUCCCCUGCAGCAGCGCAUCUCGGACUGUGGGGCCAAGGUUGCUCUACUUGAGAGUGUCUUGGACAAGGAAGUGCAGAAGCUCGAGCAGUGCCAGCAGUGGGCCGCCCAGCAGCUCAUCACGGUCACCGAGCUCACUGAAAGGCUGUCCUUGGCAGACAAUGAGUACAAGACCGCGGUGUCUGCUCUUGUGGGUGUGUCGCAGCAGCGGGCGAGUUCCCCCCCAGCGACCCCUGCGCGGCUGUCUAUCAAAGAGGUGGUGGAUGGCACGGGCAACAUCGCCGAUCUCAUCGACGUGGACUCGUGCUUCGACGUGGAGGGCUACGAGCGCACCGACGACGACCGCAAGCAUAUCAUCGAGAGGCGCGACCAGCUGCGCGAGCAGCUGCAGGAGGUCGCCAAGGGCCUUUUCUCGGGCGCUGUGGAGAAGCUCGAGUCCAUCAAGAAGGACCGCGCUGACCACCUCGCCCGCCUCACCAAGAAGCGCAAGGGCCCGACAGGUGACGGUGUCGCUGCAGGUGGUACUCCCGCUGUGCCUGGAGGUGCAGCCGCACAGGUGGCAGGGGGCGGAGGCAAGGCGCAGGCUGCUGACGCCAAAGUGGAGCCAGCCGACAGGGGCAAGCAGGUUGCCUUCGCCUCGGAGCGCCCGCCCACGCGCUCACCAGCUGCCAGGCGCAGCAGCUUGAUCGUGGCAGGGGGGCUCUCUCUCAAUGUAAUUCAGGUCAGCGCGGUGGCAACCUCGACCCGUGGAGAGUGCAUGGGCACGCCCAGGGCGGUAGGUGCCAUCAUCAACAUUCCAGGUGGCGACUCGAUCUAUGUCUUCAGUCUGUAUUUGCACCACUCGCAGGGGCUCAGCGACUCGAACGUCGGCCUCCUGUCGCACGUGGCCCCGCAGAUGUACUGGGCGCUGGUGUUGGAGCAGGACAGGAAGCCUCCAGCGCGCCAGCCUUUAUACUAUGCUAUCAAGUGGCUACAUCUGAAGUUUCGAACGUACAUCUCUCUUCACAGCGAGGCUUCCGACACCGGUAUGCAGCGUCAGGUUUUCAAGCUUCGCAUGCUCACGCUGAAGCACAAGACUAAACGACUGCAGAAGAUACGACAGGCUAUAGGUAGGCACUCCAGGCAGCUGUUUGUCACUGGGUGCGCCAAGGAGCUCUGGGGAACCCACAUGCGUACGUUUACUUUCACUCUGUCCUGGCAGGAACUCAGAUCAUCUUGGGAGUCUGUGUUCUUGGGACCUGGGCCCGAUAACUGGAAGCAGGUUUCGGGCCCCAUCAGUGCUAUGAAGCUCAGCCUUAGGCGUAUUGGCUGGUCGAUGCUUAGUUUCGCGGUGAUGAGGGAUCAGUUCGGCAUCGACCUGCCGCUCACUUUGGUCAGUCCUGCUCUUUUGAAGCGUCAUCUUAGGCAGGCUGUCUUGUACCUUCAUGAGCGUCGUGCUGGAGCGAAGUUCCUGCCGACGCUACAACAGCCCGUUCGUGUAUGUCAUGACCAGGUGCAUGCCGUGCUGCAGUCUUCAAAGUGGACCCCGCGCGAGAAGGGCUCCACUAAAGCGUUGGGCCCUAUUGCCAGUGCGGUCAGCAAGGUCAAGGGCCACGUCCCUGACAGCCCAGAUCUCACCCCUGAGGCCCGUGCCCACAAGUUUGGCAACGAUUGUGCUGACCAGGCUGCUCGCCUUGCCGCCCUGAGGCACCCCGCCCCUGAUCCAGGGGAUGCGGAUCGGCUGUUUGUCGGCUGGCGGCUCGGGUGA